UCACCUCAGCGAGGAACAGUUUUCACCGGGCAAAUGCCACCACCGAAUCAACCUCCACCCCCACCGCCGGCCGUUGCUCUCGGUCUCAGUUUGCCCGGCCUAGUCAAUGGCGGUAUAUCUGCACAGGAACAUCAUCCAGGCAUGCAUCACAACUCACUAAACUACGGUGCUGAUUCACUGUCCCGUCGACCGAAUGGAGCCCCGGCCGGUGCUGCCGGGACACCAGUGACCGGUGGCUAUUCGGCCACCGGGCCCGGCUUGCUUGUCGGUCCUCCACCACGUAUUCGUGACUAUUCCGAAUACGGCAUCCCUCGCGGAAUCGGAUUGCCCCCAACCCCGGGGACAGCUGCUGCUGCUGGUGGGGGUGGUCAACCCCAACCGCCACAGCACAACGCUCUGAUGGGCAAUCCGGCCAUGGUUCAACACAAUCACGGUAGUAUGAUGUACGAGGGUCGUUAUCGUGAAGGUCAAGCUUGA